CUUUUUGUAGGUUGAAAGAAGAAAAGGAGACCUGCUUAUUCAGUGAAGAUGCACUCUACUUAGUCUUCAGCUAUUAAGCUGAAUGCAUUGUGAUUUCCAAUAAUUGAGACAGUGAUUCUGAAAGCUGUCUACAUUAAUGAAAAGAACAAUGUAGUCAGCUUAACUGAAUCAUCAGUGUUGCAUAUUGAAUAGAACAUGAUAAACCUAUCUUGAUGGACUUGUACAUGUUAGGAUAUAGAUUAUAUACGUUUAUUCAAAGCCUUGUUUUUUAAAACAGUAGUGAUACAGUUUGAAUAUGGAGAAAACUGAAGAUGUACCUCCCCUCCCCAAAGAACCAGCAAGAGAAAUGAAUGUGGAGAACCAUACUUGUCCCCCACCUCUGCCGCCUAAUGAACAGCCUCCACCACCUCCCCUGCAAACGUCCAGUGAUGCAGAGGUAAUGGACGUUGGCUCUGGUGGUGAUGGACAGUCAGAUACACCUGCUAGGGACACACACGCCGUCUGCAGAACACAGCUUCUAACAAAGGGAUCUGCUUGCUACAAAACUUGUCUUAUAAUAGACCCUAACAAUAGUGACCAAAGUCCAAGAACUGCUCGUCAUGCACCUUCAGUUCGAAAGUUCAUCCCUGAUCUUAAGUUACUUAAAGAUGUAAAAAUUAGUGUUAGCUUUACAGAAAGCUGCCAAAUCAAAGACAGAAAAGUUCUGUACACUGGAGCUGAGCAAGAUUAUAAGCCAGAUACAGAUUUUAGUAUUAAUAAUGUCAAUGGGGAUUUGUAUGUUUGUCCUUUUGGUGGUAGUAGUGGUAAAGCUGUAGGUGUAGGAGGUGAAAAUGAUGGCAAGAAGUAUGAUGAAAAUGAUAUUGAUCAGGAAAAGAGAGUGGAAUAUGCUAUCCUGGAUGAGUUAGAAGAUUUUACUGACAAUUUGAUGGAAAUUGAUGAAGGAGAAGGGUUCACAUCUAAAGCAAUCGUUCAAAGAGAUAAAGUGGAUGAAGAAACCUUGAAUUACUCUUAUGAGGAUGAUUUUGACAAUGAUGUGGAUGCUCUGCUGGAAGAGGGCCUUCAAGCUCCCAAAAAGAGGAGGCUAGAUGAGAAAUAUGGAGGAGAGAGUGACCAUCCAUCUGAUGGAGAGACAAGUGUACAGCCAAUGAUGACCAAAAUAAAAACCGUACUUAAAAGUCGUGGCCGUCCUCCUACGGAACCAUUACCUGAUGGAUGGAUUCCUGUAUUUCUGCAAAGAGAAUCCAGAGUUGUUACCUGGUCCAGACCUUAUUUCUUGGGAACAGGAAGCAUAAGGAAACAUGAUCCUCCCUUGAGUAGCAUUCCUUGUCUGCAUUAUAAGAACAUGAAGGACAAUGAGGAAAGGGAACAAAACAACGACAUAACCCCAAAUGGGGAAGUAUCACCUAUAAAGCACAUAUAUAAGUCUUCGGAUCUGGACUGCCAAACAGAGGAGCCGGACUCUAUUGCUGCUGAUUCUGGGCCUUUAGAUGAGAGAGAGCCUUCAGGGUGUGAUGCAGCACCAGGACCCUUAGGACAAGUUAAGGCUAAAGUUGAAGUGUGUAAAGAUGAAUCUGUAGGUGAGUACUGAAAUCAGUGCCUACUACUUGUUAGAGGAGGGGAUUGGCCGUCAAGAAUCUGAUUUUUUUUUUUUUAAAUAAACUCCUGAUUCACUUCUUGAGCUUGGGGAAGUCAUCACAUUUCUCUCUGCUUCAGUUCUUCAUCUGCAAAAUGGGGGGGGGCUUUACAUCCCCACUUCUGUUAAGCAAUUUGAUCCUCGGUAUGUGGAAGUAUGUAACUAUGGAGUGCAUUUGAGGAUUGCUGAGGGACAACAUGCAAGGAUCAUUUUUAGCUGUAGAAAUUUGAGAAUUACCAGGGUAUAGUACUGUAAACUUGUGCAUUUAGUGACUAACUAAAGGAGACUUAAAUUACAGCAUAAAUAAAAACUAUCACCACUGGGGUCUUUUUUUGUAAAGUAUGAUUGCCUAUACCCAUCUGACGAAUUGUUUGCACACAUUUUCUGUGCUGAUUUAA